AAACCCACAAGAUGAUGCGACCAACGAUGCUAGCAAUGAUCGGAUCGCUGCUGCUGCUGGUGAUGCUGCAGAGGGAGUGCGUGCAGGGGCAGGGCUUCGACCUGACCAAGAUCCUUGCGAGUCGGAGCACAGAGCCCAUUUGGACUGUGAUGGUGCGCCAGCUGCCGCAUGUGCAGGAAAUGAUCGACACUGGCCGCAAGGAGUGCAUUCAGCAGCUGAAGCUGCCCAAGGAUCAGCGUCCACUGAUGAAGGUGUCCAAUCCCUCUGAGAAGGAGAAGUGCCUCAUCGAGUGUGUGCUCAAGAAGACCAAAAUUAUGGAUGACAAGAACAAGCUGAACCUGGGGCAGGUGGAGAAGCUGACCAGCCUGGUGACGCAGGACAAUAAAAUGGCCAUCGCGCUGAGCUGCAGCCUGGCCCAGACCUGCAAUCGCGCCGUCACGACCAAGAGUCCCUGCGAGGCGGCCCAUCAGCUCAAUCAGUGCAUCAGCCGCCAGCUGGAGCGGAACAAUGUCAAGCUGAUUUGGUAGUCAGAUGAUCAGCAAUCCUGUUAUCCUUUUUACUGUUUUCUGUGUCCUGUUUCCCACUUGCUAAACUCUGCAUUGGCUUUGGCUGUGCGCUUUAUUUGUCGUCUGGGACACC